ACCAUAGCUAAUGGGGGCCCUAGAUGGUCCAGUGAUCUCUGAAUGAAGGCUUCACCCAGCUUCCUCCUGACCUCUUCUUUCCACACUUCCACCACAGCAUUGUGGCCCUCCCCUGCCAGUGCCCUUGCCUGGGCUCAGCCAGAGUGCCAGUAGGCACAGGGAGAUUAGGGAAGGAAAGGAGUGUGGAGCUUUAAGCCUUGCUGCCUCAGGAUCUCCUGUGGAGCCUCUCUGUGUGCAGCCCUGUCUGAAGGGCUGUGAAGGGGGGCGGAGCAUCCCUAAAAAGCUCAGUUCAGAUGGGAAACAGAACAGACCACCCCACCCUGGGACAUAGACAAGCAGAUCCCAGCAGAGAACCAGGAACCAUGGGUCCAGAUGUGUUGGGAAGGAGGGUUGGGGUGGGGAGGGCGUGAAGUCCUAGACCAGGAAUGGGCAGAGAGCUGGAGAUGGAAGAAGCAGCAACCUCUUCAGAAAUCUGGGAACAAAAGGUUUUACUGGGACCUGAUCAUGCUCCUGCUGAUGGUGGGGAACCUCAUUGUGCUGCCCGUGGGCAUCACGUUCUUCAAGGAGGAGAACUCCCCACCUUGGAUCGUCUUCAACGUCCUCUCAGACACUUUCUUCCUGCUGGAUCUGGUGCUCAACUUCCGCACCGGCAUCGUGGUUGAGGAGGGUGCUGAAAUCCUGCUGGCACCGCGGGCCAUCCGGUCGCGCUACCUGCGCACCUGGUUCCUGGUCGACCUCAUCUCCUCCAUCCCGGUGGAUUACAUCUUCCUGGUGGUGGAGCUGGAACCACGACUGGACGCCGAGGUCUACAAAACAGCGCGGGCGCUGCGCAUUGUGCGCUUCACCAAGAUCCUCAGCCUGCUACGGCUGCUGCGCCUCUCCCGCCUCAUCCGCUACAUACACCAGUGGGAGGAGAUCUUUCACAUGACCUAUGACCUGGCCAGUGCCGUGGUGCGCAUCUUCAACCUCAUCGGGAUGAUGCUGCUGCUGUGCCAUUGGGACGGGUGUCUGCAGUUCCUGGUCCCCAUGCUGCAGGACUUCCCUCCUGACUGCUGGGUCUCCAUCAACCGCAUGGUGAACCACUCGUGGGGGCGCCAGUAUUCCCACGCCCUGUUCAAGGCCAUGAGCCACAUGCUGUGCAUUGGCUACGGGCAGCAAGCCCCUGUAGGCAUGCCCGACGUCUGGCUCACCAUGCUCAGCAUGAUUGUGGGUGCCACGUGCUACGCCAUGUUCAUCGGCCACGCCACGGCGCUCAUCCAGUCCCUGGACUCUUCCCGACGUCAGUACCAGGAGAAGUACAAGCAGGUGGAGCAGUACAUGUCCUUCCACAAGCUGCCGGCUGACACCCGGCAGCGCAUCCACGAGUACUAUGAGCACCGCUACCAGGGAAAGAUGUUCGACGAGGAGAGCAUCCUGGGCGAGCUGAGCGAGCCGCUUCGGGAGGAGAUUAUUAACUUCACCUGCCGGGGCCUGGUGGCCCACAUGCCGUUGUUUGCCCACGCCGACCCCAGCUUCGUCACAGCCGUGCUCACCAAGCUGCGCUUUGAGGUCUUCCAGCCGGGGGACCUCGUGGUGCGUGAGGGCUCCGUGGGCAGGAAGAUGUACUUCAUCCAGCACGGGCUGCUCAGUGUGCUGGCACGUGGCGCCCGGGACACCCGCCUCACUGAUGGAUCCUACUUUGGGGAGAUCUGCCUGCUGACGCGGGGCCGGCGCACGGCCAGCGUGCGGGCCGACACCUACUGCCGCCUGUACUCCCUGAGUGUGGACCAUUUCAACGCCGUGCUGGAGGAGUUCCCCAUGAUGCGCCGGGCCUUCGAGACUGUGGCCAUGGAUCGGCUGCGCCGCAUCGGCAAGAAGAGCUCUGUCCUGCAGCGGAAGCGCUCCGAGCCAAGUCCCGGCAGCAGCGGGGGCACCGUGGAGCAGCACUUGGUACAGCACGACAGGGACACGGCCCGGGGAGUCUGGGGCCUGGCCCCGGGCACAGGAGCUCGGCUCAGCGGGAAGCCAGUGCUGUGGGGGCCGCUGGUGCACGCACCCCUGCAGACCGCCGCUGCGACCUCCAGUGUGGCCAUUGCCCUGACUCACCAGCGGGGCCCUCUGCCCCUCUCCCCUGACUCUGCAGCUACUCUCCUUGCUCGCUCUGCUCGACGCUCCGCGGGCUCCCCAGCCUCCCCGCUAGUGCCUGUCCGAGCUGGCCCUCUGCUGGCCCGGGGUCCGUGGGCAUCUACCUCCCGCCUGCCUGUCCCACCUGCCCGAACCCUCCACGCCAGCCUGUCCCGGGCUGGGCGCUCCCAGGUGUCCUUGCUGGGUCCCCCCCCGGGAGGAGGUGGACGGCGACUAGGACUUCGGGGCCGCCCACUCUCAGCCUCCCAACCCUCUCUGCCUCAACGGGCAGCUGGGGAUGGCUCUCCUGGGCGUAAGGGCUCAGGAAGUGAACGCCUGUCCUCUUCAGGGCUCCUGGCCAAGCUUCCAGGGACAGCCCAACCCCCCAGGCCAUCGGUGCCUGAGUCAGCUGCCCCUCGGGGCCCCCAGCUCUCUGCCAACAUGUGAAACCCUUGGCUAAGCUCUUGGGUGCCGCAGUGUGUGCCCGAGGGUCGAUGCCUCUGGGGGACGGCCAAGGAGACCUGAAACACGGCCCUGUGGGAAUAUCUCCCUUUACUACCAAGAGAUGCUCUCUGUCCUCAGCUCAGGCACCCUGCAGCCUGUCUGACAUCCUCCUGACCCAUUCACCCAUUCAUCAAAUGUACCGAGCGCCUACCAUGUUCAGGACACUGUGCCAGGCGCUGUAUGUCUUCACUGCCAAGUAGAAGUGACUCCAAGGCCUCUGAGGAGGGGGUUCCCCUGGCAUGUUCCUGCCAGGCGCAGGCUCAGGCCUAGGCCUCCACCUCACCAAGCACAACUCCUUGCCGCCGCCAUCACUGCCAAACAACUAGAUGUCUCUGUUUCCCGGCCCGUGACCCUGCAGGAGCUGCCUGCUGCCUUCGGCCUCUGUCUCCCUAGCACAGCCGGGCACCGCCCACCUCCAUGCCUCCACUGCUAUCAGUGGGUGUCUCAGCUCCCCAGUGUGGGCCUCCACCUUCACUGCCGUGUGUGGACCCUUCCCCUCCAUACCCCCCCACCCAGCGCGAACGUCUCCUGUCAAGUCCCUUGCACUCUCUGUCCCCGUGCUAGAUCUGUCUUUUUGUAGACAGGGGCCACCUCCUCCCUGUGCCCCUGCCCCGCUGGUGUCCCCCUAGAGGCUAAGGGAUGGUUGGCACCUCCCCAUUUAAUGUGCCAGCCUGGAUCCCCCCAGGCGGGGGGCAAGUGGCUGAAUCCUUAGAUGGCAUUUUUUCUUUCCUUCCUCCCUCCCUUCCUUAUUUAUUCUUAUUAUUCAAUUAUGUAAUAAUUGUAUUUAU